UGUAAGAAUAAAAAAAGUUACAUUCAUUCAAUGUAUGUACGCAGGCUGACGUAAUAAUAGCGCAAGCGAACCCACAGAAAGGGAACAUCCCUUACUCCGAACACACUGGUGGGUGCGGCGAGCACGGAAGGUUCAUCCAUCUUACCCCAGAGUAUGUCGUGGAUAACAUGGAAGAAAUCUUUGGCGCUGUCGAGAAGGUGCUUGUACACGAGUGGGCGCAUAUAAGGUGGGGAGUAUUCGAUGAAUACGCCACUAGGGGGCACGGCAGUCACUAUGUCGACAGCGAUGGUGUUUUACAAGGCACCAGAUGCCCGAAGAGUCUCCGUGGUUUGAACAUCGAGUUUACGCCACCCUACACCAACCUAUGUGAAGUCAAUCGAACUACGGGACUCCCCCAAACCGAUACUUGUGCUUUCUAUGUUCACGAUGUUCAACAUCCCGAAUUAAACACAUCUAUGAUGUCACACAGCUAUGUACAGCAGGUGGUUGAAUUCUGCCACAGCGAUCCAAGCGACCCGGUCAACCAACACAACACUGAAGCUGACAACGAACAAAACGCAAAAUGUAAUUUACGAAGCACCUGGGAUGUUAUAACUUCAACGAGUGACUUCAGUGGCGGCUCCAACCCCCCGAACCCAACCCUAACCAGACCGGUAGCCCCAUUACAUUCUCGUGUGGUUAGACAAGGUCGCACAUCGAAGCGUUCGAUGUGGGUGUUGGAUGUAUACGAGAGCAGCAUGAGUAGGGGACCGUAUGCUUAUGAUGCGACAAAGUGCGUCUACAUUCAUCACAACUUCCCUACCCAUCGGUGACUGUGUUGGAAUCACAUCGUUUCAAUCGACAUCACAACUACUUCUGCAAAUAUCCAACAUCACAUCGAGUGAAGAUAGAGCUAAUUUAACCCGAAUGAUCCCAAUAUCUGCUGGUGGGACGACGUGUAUUGGGUGUGGGAUCAAGACAGCCAUCGACGAGAUGGAAAGAGACAACCCUGGUGGGGUCUGUGGUGACAUCAUCGUGUUAACGGACGGGAUGGAAAAUGAGGAACCGAAGGUGGAAACAAUAGGGCACCGAUGGGGUUCGGGAGAAGAAUUGCACCGUGCAUGCCAUCUUCUUCACCACCGCACACAAUAGAGAGUUAGCCGAGCUAGCUAUAGAGACAGGAGGACAGUGGUACUUCGCUCAAGAUCGCGACAUAAAGAGACUAAUGGGCGCUUUUACUGCUAUCGCUACCGAGGACGAUGGGGAUCUUAGUAAUAGGAUAUCUACGUUACUAUACAAGCAAUACGUAGUGACGCCCGGCACCUCUACCAUGGAUGGGGUGAACAUUGAUAUCACAGUGGGCAGCAACACAAAGUUCCUGUUUACAUGGCAAUCCAACAAACCCGAUAUAACCCUCACCCACCCAAGUGGCUGCGUGUAUUCAACCUCAUCAAACUUGAUACCGAACGCAUGUGAAGGCCACCCACUGUCGCAAACUGAUCGCACACUCAAGAUUAUUCAGUUUAUAAUUCCUGGAGUUGCAACCAGAGGGCGAUGGAUUUUCACAAUUACGACACGACGACGCGAAACAAUAAGUGCGACCGUGACAUCAAAGUCGCCACCAAACGUUCUGCCCAUAGUCAUUAAGUCAGGUAUACGAGGGAACACGUCACAAAUCAACAAACCAGUGGUCAUUGAAGCGAGGAUAACCCGUGGCGACCCUGGAAGCCCCAUGGUUGGUCUUCGUGUGUUCGCAAUCGUUGAAAAACCCGACCUGGCAGAAGAAACACUUCAACUGCUCGAUAAUGGCGCAGGCCCGGAUUCGCGAAGAAACGACGGAGUUUAUUCUAGAAUGUUCUACGGGUAUACCGCUAGAGGUCGAUAUAGCAUACAGAUAAGGGUCGAGGGAGAUGGCAGUGCUGGAACGGGGUCGGCGGCUGGAGCCAAUGCUCCUCUUAUGUUUGGAAGGAUAUUACAAAACGGCACCAUCGUACCGAACCUACACACAGCUGGUAUGCUACAAUGGAGACAAAACAAACAAGUUGGGCCAUUUUCGCGGAUUCAUACGUCACCAGGAUUGGAAUACACGGGGCCUGUACACGAUCCCAACGUGGAUACAAUACCACCGAACCAAAUAACAGACUUCUCAGCGCGACAAAACAACAUCAACAACCCUAGAAGUGGAAUCAGAGUAAGAUUUACGUCACCAGGCGACGACGAAGAUAGUGGGACGGCCGACACUUACAAUAUCUGCUACUCGUUCGAAUCCAUCGGUAACUUGACCUCAAACUUUGAAGAAAGUAUUUGCGUUUCAAACUUCAGCAGGCCCAAGGUGGCGGGGUCGAGUGAAGAUUUCGUCAUCCCUGCACCGGAUCUACGGGGGAGGAAGGGAACGGUCAGAAUCGCCAUUGGAAUUAAAUCCACAGACGAAGCUUUGCAAGUAUCCAGGUUGUCCAAUGUAAUGUACCUAAACUACUUCGUACGCCCCCCGCGUAGAGGGCUGAGGUGUCUGGUUUGUUAUAAAGCAAGAAGCCACGAGGAAUGUGAAGCAACAGGGACCAUUAAACGAUGCUUACGCAACGAGCAACAAUGCGCCACGGACAUUCGAACGUUGAACUGGGGACGAAAGGAGAUCACCAAAUAUUGCAAACAGGAAGCAGCUUGUUUGAACGAAAGAAAACAGAAUCCAGUCGAUUGUCGCAACAAUGGCCCAAACAAGUUGUGUAGAUGUUGUUGUGGAAGCGAUCUUUGUAACAUGGAUGCUACGUUGUGUACAGGCUCCAUAUAAGGAGUCGACUAAUUAACGCUUGAUGCGUCAUGAUGCUAUGUGACGUCAUAAAGAUGCUUUGUUAACAUGCUCAAUAAACGCAAACUUUCAUUAACGAUGAA